AUGGCGGCCCGUGCAACGAAGUUCGACUCAUCACUGCCCAAAAUCAAAGACAUUUACACCAUACCUGGUCAAGACCGUUACGCCUUCUAUGAUGGCAAAUUCUGGCCAUGGCCCACAGCUUCCGACGACGAACCUCUCUUUGCCGUUGUCGGCCAGAAGAGGAUCUUGAUUGCGCGCGCGUCUCCCAGAGAGCCUAUCACCACCAUCCAUGACCUCCAUGAUGUCGACGUAGAAAGAAACCCUGGUCACCCUGGUCUGAAUUCUUGCGCUUGGGGUUAUGCUAACCCGGCACAACCUUUAUUAAUUGUGGCCGGCGGAUUCGGGAUUAUAAAAGUGGUUGAUGUGCUCUCAGGCAAGAGAUGCAAGCUUAGGAUCCAGCAUGUCAAUGCAAGCAUCAACGACAUCGCAGUCCAUCAUUGCUACCCAUGGAUUUUCGCCACCGCCUCACAGGAUGGCCAAGUUCGAGUAUGGGAUCUGCGGCCAUGCUUCUCGCCGCUCAGGGUGUCUCCCAUCAUUAUCUGUGGAGGGGGAAUAGACGGGCACAGGGCUGGCGUGCUGUCAGUUUCGUGGCACAAGUCUGGCCGGUACCUGGUUACAGGAGGCUUCGAUCAUUCGGUGUGUGUUUGGACUCUGCCGGAUCUUGGUAAACGCUCUCCCUUCUGGGCAUCCAUCGAUCCAAAGCGGAUAGAACGACACACGUCUGAGGCGAUGAUGAUCUACUACCCUCACUUGAUCACCAAGGCGAUACACUCCAACUAUGUUGAUUGUGUAAAGUUUCUUGGCGACUUCAUAGUGUCAAAGGCGGCAACCGAAAACAAGAUUGUGCUGUGGAAAAUUACUGGGUUCGACUCAAGCAAAUCUCCGCCAACAUCGAUGACGGCUGUCAAAGCUGGAGCCCAUCUCGACACGCGCAAUGGAUUCAUGCGUACAGUAAUCACCGAAAAGGACGGGACGCAAACUGUGACAAUUCCAGACGAGUUCCAAAACAAAGCUCCAUACGAGAGACUGUUGGAACUUGACGCCCCGUAUAGUGAGGCAUUCUAUAUGCGGUUUGCUGUGCUGUCGCCCUCGCGAGACUAUCCCUAUUCACGUCUGAUGAUCGCGUAUGCUAACGGGGCUUCUGAACUUCGAUUUUGGGAUCUUGACCGACUCUGCAAGGGUCAUGAUCACCCGCCUUGCCGCAGGCGCAAACAUGGCCGUAAGUUGAAAAGAAAGAGAUCAGAACCUGAAUUGAUCCCUGCCUGGGAGAAGCGACUAAAACCGGAAGACAUCCCUGUUCUAAGCGAGAUGCCCAAAUUCGAUGCCAUUCCUACGCCAGAUAGGAAACCUAAAACUGAAGACCUUUCUGCGUCACAAAGGCAAACUCGAAAGCGCAGGGCACUUUCGUCGAUAAAUGACCGAAGAUCUUUGAGGCUGCGUCAAGUAUCUCCGACCGUCGAGUCCGAAGAUGUAGAGACCGAGUGGGGGUCUGUGAAGAUCAAGCAAGACUCAGUUGAGGCCAAUGAGGAGACUGAGAGCAUCGAGCAAGAGUGUCCAGAUAACAAACAACCAAUUAUUUCGACUCGUCUAAGAAAAAGCGCCGCCAGAAACAUACCCACGGGCCAAAGUUCAGACAUGAAAGCCGCCCAUCAACUUCAUUCUUCAACCCUGAGGACAAUCUCGACUCGAUCCAAACGACAAGUUCAAAAUUCAGACAGCAAAACGCACACUGGAAGGGCUUCUACUUCCGUACCCGACAGUGGAUCGACCAAACCAAGACCAAAUAUCACGAUCGAAAUAUCAUCCCUAUCAUCUUCGCGUAGGAUGUCACCUCCAUCAAAACCAAACACUGUCAACUUAUCUCUACAUACCUCAAACGACAAUCCACUACUCUCAUCCCAUGCCGUCCGGAGAUCACCUCGCUCAAAACCCGAUACCGUUCAAUCAUCCCAGGAGAGAGUAUACAAUGAAAAUGAUGCACACCCUGUCAGAGGGUCAGCUCGUUUGACACCACGCAGUACAUCUUCGUCGUCUACCGAUUCAGACGUCCCUGAAGAUACGAUUGUUAUCAGAAGUUUAGCCCCAGCGAGACCUCGCCUCGGACUCCUGUCUCCAGCCGCUUCAGAGAUCGCGAGUGAUACUAGUACUGUCAGCAGGUCAUCUCGUUCAUCACCAGCCUCCCAACUCCCGUCCCCUGCUGCUUCGGAUACCGUAGCGGCUGCAGAACGAAUCAAGAGUCCCGCGCUUUCAACACCACAAACCCCUUCCCCUACUCCGCCUCAGUCGGAUAUAUUUGGAGAAGCAACUCUAGCUAGACGAUCGACUAGGCUGAAGGCCAGGUCUGCGAAUAGGGCGUCAGAGACUUCAGAUGCCACAAGAGACACAUCUGCUUUCAAGUCGCCCGCUCCUUCUCAGCCUUUCGACAACCUAGGCCCAGCAGGAGACUCACCGCGAUCCCAAAGAAUAUACCUUGAAAAACAGAGAAUCAUAUUGGACGAUAGCUCUUCAGGCAGCGACGAAGAAUAUUAUAGCACUACGGAGUCGGAAUCUCCCCACACUCGAGACUUUACAAAACGGAGAAUCAAGUCUAAGAAAUGUGAGGAAGAAGUUUUGGAUAGUAUCGAGGUCGAGGACGAGUUUUCCGACACGCUGAUGGGCGAGGGGGACGGUCCUACAGGCUUGGAUACUGAGGACGUGGCCCCCGAUAUUCCCGAGCCUGAACGGGCUCUAUCCGCUACACAGGAGUCUGAAUCGCCUUCAGACGCGUGGGAACCGGAGGCAGGGCGACCUGUCACUCUGGAGUCUGAGCCAGAGUCUACCAAUAUCAUAAAAGGACCACCUACACUUGUUGAUCUCCCCGCCAUGACCGCGUCCAGGUUAGCAGCGCUGACCUUGGAGACCACCCCUGAUAAAUUUGACCCCUUCAGAGAACCAGGAAAGCGUGGCUCCCCAAACCGGGACCGUGGAAGGUAUACCCUUGACAAUCCACACAAUCCUCUCAAGGCACACAAGAGGGUUGUACUUCAUAAACUCCAAUACAAGAAGCAAGCACCGUUUGUUGCGAGGACAGCUGACUGGAGUCCUUGCGGAAAUUGGUCCCUCGUGGUGGGUGAGUCCGGGAAACAUCCCAAGGACGGCUGGGGAGGCGUUGCCCUGCUACGUUGUCGUGAUGUCCCAGACAAAAGAAGACCGAAGGACUUGUUCCAAGAACUCCUACCUGUGUUCGAGAAAAUUCGAGAUGUAAUCCUUGACCUCAAUGACCCCGAGGAAAUUGAUCGUUGGCUCAACCAGCACGACGUCAUACUCCAACAACUAGCCGAGCCUAGUCAAUUUGAUGUUGGCAGGGAUAAUCUCCGCGAGAUGGUCUCCGCUCUUCUCUGUGCUCACCCAACGCAGCUCUACCAGACGCUUUUUGAACUCGGAUACACACUGGAAGAACUUCUUGAAGGGGAUAACGGUGCGCAAAACUAUCCAGAACUCGAGACGGAUAAUGAAGCAGACGAUGAGAGUUCCGACAAAGAAGGAGAUGACGACGAAGAAGAAGAGAAGGAUGGUGAUGAAUCCAACAACGCUGAUGAUUCGGGCGAAGAGAGCUCAUCGAACGACAAAUUUGAAAAUGCCAAAGUGCGUCGUUACGAGGACUGGGCAAUCUACGACUUCGAAGAAGAGGACGACGACACGGAUGAGGAAUUCUAUCCUGCGCAGCUUCGGUCGUCGAGACGGUUACAUGCUUAG